AUGACUUGUAAUUUGAUUAGUACUGCCCGUACUGUGGGUGCCAAUUGUCAUUUUAGUAAGAAUUAUACGGUAAUUAGCUAUCAGCCUACCCCCGUGUGUGUGGUUUCCGCUUUUGUGUUUUUGGUAAUUAACAACACCUCUAUAUGCUCAGAUGAUGUGUGUGCUUGUACUAAUGAAACCUGCUAUUAUGCUACCUGCUGGAGUUCUCAGUAUCCGUUAGCUAUAGUUGCACGCAUCCCACGUUGGGUGCCUGUGCUAGUAGAUGCUUCUCAAGCUGUAAUCUUGUUUAGGCAUAAGAGAGAUUUUGGCAUCACUGCGGCCAUUGUAACUGCUAUAGCUGUGGCUGCUGCGAGUGCGACGGCUGCCGCUGUCGCCAUGUCACAUACUGUGCAGACGGCUCAGACUUUAAAUAACUUGUCAGCUCUACAGCCAGAGCUCUGGAUUUACAACAAGUCUACCUUUAAGAACUACCAGUUUGUUUUGGCCUUGGCUUUUGCUAUUGAAGAGAUCAACAAAAAUCCUAAACUUUUACAUAACUUGACUCUGGGGUUUGAUAUCUAUGAUGUUCAAUAUGGAAUAUGGACAGAAUUUAAAAAUCCCUUCACUUGCCUCUUUGGGAAGUAUAAGAUUCCCAACUAUAAUUGUAUGACAGAGAACAAGUUUAUAGCAGUACUUACAGGACCUUCAGGGGCAAUGUCUUCUCAGAUUGCGACCCUGCUAAACAUCUACAAGUUUCCACAGCUUACUUUUGGGCCUUUUGAUUAUGCCCUGAAUGACAGUAACAAGUUUCCUGGUCUCUAUCAGAUGGCCUCAAAGGACACAUCAGUAGCCAAAGCCAUAGUCUUAUUACUGCUUCACUUCAGCUGGAAUUGGGUGGCACUGUUAACCUUACAAGAUGAGAACAGUUUGUGGAUUCUUCCUGAAUUGAAAGAAGAGAUGGCCAAGAACCGAGUUUGUAUAGAUAUUGAGCUAUCAUUUCCAAAGCAGGCCGACUCAAAUAUUUUGAAAUUCAUGGCACAUUAUAACCAGAUAAAUAAAUCUUCAGCUAAAGUCUUCAUUCUAUAUGUUAAUAAUGAAUUCCUAAACUAUGUAAUGAUAGCUAUUGAGCAAUUUUUAAUAAAAGGAAAAGUUUUUAUCACAAACUCACAGUGGGAUUUCAUCAUGAGGAAAAAAUAUUUCAUUCUUGGUUCAUUUCAUGUACCUCUCAUUUUUUCACACCAUCACCCAGAUAUUUCUGCAUUCAUGGAUUUUGUCAAGGCAAUAAACCCUUCCAAAUAUCCAGAAGAUUUUUUCCUUGCCAGGCUGUGGUUUUGUUUUUUUAAUUGUUCAGAUUCUCAGUCUGACUGUGUAAUGUGGGGGAACUGUCCACAUGAUGCCUCCUUGGAUUGGUUGCCUAUGCACAUUUUUGGUGUAACUAUGUCUGGAUACAGUUACAAUAUAUACAAUGCUGUGUAUGCUGUGGCCCAGGCUCUCCAUGAAAUGCUUCUUCAUCAAACAGAAGCCAAAACAGUGGAAAAUAAAAAAGGAAGAAUGCCUUAUACUGCACAGCUUCAUCCUAUUCUGAAGGACAUUCAGUUUCACAACCCUGCAGGAGAUCAAGUGAUUUUGAAUGAUAAAAGGAAAUUGGAGGCAAAGUAUGACAUUGUGAAUAUUUGGAAAUUUCCAGAAGGUCUUGAAAUGAAAGUGAAAGUAGGAAAGUUUUCACCACAUAUGCAACAUGGCCAUCAACUAUAUUUAUCUGAAGAUAUGGUAGAGUGGGCCAUAGAAACAACAGAGCCUCCACACUCUGUUUGCAGUGAGAGUUGUGGUCCUGGAUUCAGGAAAUCCCCUCAGGAGGGAAAGAUGGCUUGUUGCUUUGAUUGCAUGUCUUGCUCAGAGAAUGAGAUAGCUAAUAGAACAGAUAUGGAGCAGUGCGUGAACUGCCCAUUUCAUCAGUAUGCCAACAGAGAGAGAAACCAGUGCCUCCAAAGAGCUGAAAGUUUCCUGGCUUAUGGAGAGCCCUUGGGGAUGGCCUUGGCUUGCAUGGCUCUUUGUUUGUGUUCACUCACAGCAUUUAUUCUUGGAGUCUUUGUGAAACAUCAGAAAACCCCCAUUGUCAAGGCUAAUAACCAGGCUCUCAGCUACACCCUGCUCAUCUCCCUCAUCUUCUGCUUUCUCUGUUCCUUGCUCUUUAUUGGCCGUCCCAAUAAAGUCACCUGCAUUCUACAGCAAACCACAUUUGGAGUUGCAUUCACUGUAGCUGUUUCUGCUGUCUUGGCAAAAACUGUAACUGUGGUUCUGGCCUUCAAGGUCACAUCUCGAGGGAAAAGGAUGAGGUGGCUUCUGGUAUCAGGGGCCCCUAACUUCAUCAUUCCCAUCUGUACAUUGAUUCAGGUGAUUCUCUCUGUUCUUUGACUAAGGACUUCACCUCCCUUCAUUGAGACAGACAUACAAUCUGAACAUGGCCACAUUAUCAUCCUGUGUAACAAAGGCUCUCUCAAAGCUUUCUACUGUUUCUUAGGAUACAUGUUUUGUCUGGCCCUGGGCAGCUUCAUGGUGGCUUUUCUGGCCAGGAACCUUCCUGACACCUUCAAUGAAGCCAAAUUCCUGACCUUCAGCAUGCUGGUCUUCUGCAGUGUCUGGAUCACUUUCUUGCCUGUCUACCACAGUGUCAAGGGGAAAAUCAUGGUAACUAUAGAGAUCUUUUCCAUCUUGACUUCCAGUGCAGGGCUACUGGGCUGCAUCUUUGUCCCAAAGUGCUACAUCAUCUUGUUAAGGCCAGAGAGAAAUUUUCUGCAUGGUUUUAGGAAGAAAACACACACUGGGAAAAACAAUCCCUCUUAA